UGUGCGUGCUCGUUCUGCGAGCUGCAGGUGGCGCUGGCCACGUGCGAGAAGUUCGGAGACCUCUUCUUGUGCAGGGAGUGCGGCGAGUUCGGCGACCAGUCUGGAUUCGAGUUGAAAGCGUUGGCAUCGAUGAAGCCCAAGUCGCCAGCCAAGUGGAAGGAAAGGAAGGCGCAGAAGGAGGAGUGGGCCAAGGGCAAGGCUGUCGCUGAGGACGACAGGGAGUUCCCCCAGGAGGAGGUCUACGAGGAGACGAUUCAGGAUAGCUCCUUGUCAGAGGAGUGCACCUUCCAGUCGCGCGACGACUUUAAGGAGGAGCACGGCUGCCUGCCAGACCAGGCGAAGGUGAUGACGCUGCGCGUGACGAACUCUAAAGGCGAGGAGUCUUUCGGCGCGGUGCUGGCCACGGAGACGGAUGCACCUCCGAAGCUGACGGCGGGCAACCUCUUUGAGAACAUGUCGGCUGAUCGGUCGCGCGCGCGCGGGCAGAAGUUCGGGAACAAGUACCAGCCGAAGGCCAAGAAGUUCAGCGCCUACAAGAAGGAUGCGAUCAAGCAGCUCGUGAAGAGGAACGUCGAGAGCUCCAGGACCAAGGAGAAGCGCACGUCCGAGAAAGCGAGCCCGACCCUCGCGUUGGCCCCGAGCUCGAAGAAGGCAAAGCCAGGCACGAACGUCGCGCCGUCGAUCGCCGAUACGGCGGCCACGGGCGUGGACGGCGAGGGUGGCCGCCUUAAGCCGCCCGAGCACUGGCACGAGACCAUCACCCCGUCGAGAGUGUUCGCGGGCGCCCCCCUGAAGAGGCACGUGGGCUGGGCAAGGGAUUGCGUCAAGCGCAUCGCUGGCCAGGGCGAGUCGGUGAAGGCCAACCACUUGACCGAACACAUCGACGCAAUCGAUCUUUGCAUGGAGCUGAUGACUGAGCUAGCCAAUGAGAAAGUGACCUUCGUUAGCCUUAGCACCAUCUUGGGGAAACUUGUGACGAAGAAGGUGGACUUCGAUUCGAACAUCAAGAGCAAGCUUUUGGGGAAGAGAUUGUUCUCAUCGAUUCUGGCUUUCUCGAGUGGAGAUACCGACGACGCCUGCAUCAAGGAGAUCGUGGAUACCGUCAUGCCUUUCACGGUUGAGAAGCUGGACGCGAGCCAGGAGGUGACCUGCGAUGACGACGGCGACGAGAAGAUGGCCCCAGACCCCGAGGAGUUCGACCCCAUGAAGGUUAGCAUGGCGACUAUCGACGGCUCGAGUGACUCCAGGAUGACGUUGCUCCUGAGCGUGCUCCUGAAGGAGAUCGUCCCAGCGGUGAUGCAGGUGGAUCAGGCUGGCCAGGUAGCAGCGUCGCGCCUGUGCGCUGCCAUGCUGAGUCGGUUUGAGGCAGGCGUCGCAGAGAUGGAGGAGAUCCCCUCCGCCGCGAGCGACACGUUGGCCGUGCUUCGCGUCAUGUGCGCCCUCAGCGACAGCACUGCCGACAUGGACUUCGAUGCCUUGGACGAGUUCUUCCUCCAGCAGGCCAAGAAGACCAAGGGCGCCCUCGCGGACCUGGGAGUGAUGAUUCGCUUGAAUGAGCACUGGAAGGAGAUCUACGAGGAGCUGCAGACCACCAUCCAGGAUGCCAGGGAGUGGAUGCCGAAGAUCUUCAAGAGCGCUGCCCAGGUCAAGGCACUCAAGACCAGCGAGGCUCCCAUCAGUCUUCCCAGCGCUAUCAUCGACGAAGCUUUCGACAUCCUGAAGUCCUGCCGAACGAUCCUGAGGGCCGGCUCCACCCACACUUUGGAGAUCGAGAUCGCUGGGGUCCUCGGCGUGAUCCAGUCGAAGAUGUUCGACAAGAGCGGCGUGGUCAAUGGCGGGGACGGCUACAGCAAGGCCGAGCUGCUCGCAGCGGAUAAGAUGUUCAAGGACAGCCUGGACCUCAAGUGCUGGGUCGAGGAGUUCGGCAUCGGCGCGAGGGAGCACAUCGGCGCCGUGAUCGAGAAGGCAGGAGCGAAGGAGAUCAUGAACGGGCUGAAGGAGAUGAUGAUGGGCGGCGCCAAGGACGAGGCGGGCAACAUCGACAUUGAGAAAGUUCGUGCCGUCAAAGUCGCGCUGCACAACCUCACCGAGAGCUCACUCGAUGUCGAGGGCAAGGAAGCGGUCGCGUCCUUCUGCAGCCGCGUGUGGGACGCUAUCAAGGACGCGGUGAACGCGAGCAAUGGCGAGAUUGCAGGUGUCAUGAAAGACAUCGCAUUGGUGGCGGGCGACGGCAUCACCGACAUCUUCAAGGCGUUCCACGCUGCAGGCGAGACGAAGUUCAGCAUUGCAGCGCACGUCUCGAU